AUGCUCAAGGCUAUCGAUGCACUGGUCCUCACCCUUUCAGAGACUGGUGGAGUGACGCCCGAGCCCCCAAGGCCAAGCCCCUAUGUUCCGCUCCAAGAAGUAUACACCCACUGGCAUCCCGUUUUUCAACAGACACCCCACGAUGCUGACAUCUUCAGUCAGGAGUGCUUCACAGGCAUGCAUGAGUAUGUACAGAAACUGCUCGCACGUGAAACUGAGUUACGUGAAGAUGAUGAGACCAAGGACACUGCAGCACCUAUGCCCUUGUCUCUAGAGCAGACGACCUUCGGUCUCCCCUCAGGGGUUAUUGCAAAUCUGCAAGUCAAAGAUUUGUUGCCAUGGCAAAGCGAGCUCCUAUUGAAAACAGUGCCCCUAGAGACUCAGAAAGAUGAGUACGUUCCCCCGUGUUACCGCCACAUCCUCAUAUCAGCGCCAACGUCGGCUGGAAAAAGCCUGGUGGCAUUCAUCUAUAUUCUACGAUGUCUAUCUCUGUGCAAGAAGUCUGCCAUCAUUGCUGUUCCCUUUGUUGCAUUGGCUGAUGAGCUUGUUGGGAAACUGAGGGACAUCAUUCCUCCGGGUUGUGGAGUAGUCGGGAUCACUGGGAUGAAGCAAGUGCCACGGGUCUCGGGAUCUAGACCCAUAAUAUAUGUGUGUACAUUUGAGAAAGCUAUUCUUGUCUUCAGCAAGUUUCUUCAGAAAGGGUUGGUGGCACAUCUAGGGCUACUUGUGUUCGACGAAAUCCAUCUCAUAGGGGACGGGUCUACUCGAGCAUGCAAGUUGGAGCUCUUCAUUAGCCAGCUUAUCCUAUUGGAAAAAACUGCACGCAUCCCAAUUUGUUAUCGGAUCGUGGGCAUGUCUGCAACCCUCAGUAAUAUUUCCGAUCUUCAGCGGUGGCUUGGUUGCUACGUGUAUGAGUGCAACUUCCGACCGAUUUCUCUUCAAGAGUAUGUUCUUGUAGACAGAAACCUAUACCUUUUCAAUGCCCAGACCAAGAAGCUCGAGCCAAGAGGUCAAAUCCUCGUUAACUCUCCAAUUACAAAAGUCAAGCUCAACAUAUCUCCUUUAAAUACUAUUUCUUUGAUUGCACUGAAACCGCUGAUCAUAUUUGUGACUACUAAGCAUGAGACCGUCGAUGUGGCAAACUCCCUAGCCGAGAUAAUACGCACAAGCUUCCCUAGCCCGCCCGCUGAACUCAUAGCAAAGCGCACUCAGCUGAUCACCGAGCUGAAGCAGCUGGGCGAUGUCUCCUGGGCACCCCUCAUCUCAGCAGGGGUCAUGUACCACAAUUCAUCACUGGCGUCUUUGGAGCGUACACUUAUCGAAGAGGCAUUUUCAAACUCAGUUAUUCACACCCUUGUUGCAACCACUACGAUCUCUGCAGGAGUCAAUCUGCCUGCACGGUCAGUAAUCAUUCGAUAUCAGAAGAUUGGGUCUAUAGAACUGGACGGAGCUAAAUAUCGACAGAUGAUAGGGCGUGCGGGUCGCAUGGGCCUCGCCACCAGCGGCCAUUCAUUUCUAUUGCUCACCGAGCGGGACAAGAAGGAGGUCUUGGCAAAGUUGAGUGCCGAAUCUGACGUAGUCACCGCCACAGAACAGUUGCUUUCGGAGCUGCACACGAUUCGUCCGAUAUUAUCUAGUCUCUCUAAAUCAAGCAUCAGCGCAGAAGUGAUUCUGAACAGCUGCAUCUACGAUGUUUCCGUCAGGGAGUUCAUAGAGUCAACACUUGCCCAUGUUCAAGGGUCGCUUAAGCACGAAAACGUCGUUCGAGCUUUGGAGGUAUUGCAGAGCCUUGGUCUUGUGUCAUUCUCAAACGGUAUUGUGCGCCUUACACCUCGGGGAAGGGCGUGCGUUGAUGCAGGAACAGACAUUUAUAAUUCUCUGGUGAUCUAUACGUAUCUUCAGACCUUCCAAACUGAAGGGCUACUGGUUGGAAACGACUAUCAUAUAUGCUGCACAACUAUACCAAUAUAUGCAUCGAUAGUAGCAUCUCUCAGUGACCCAACGUCCGGAGAAAGCGAGUCUACGAAAGAUAUACCCCCCAAUCAGCUCUUUACCCUUCCGUUUCAUUUCAGAGAAACCCCCCUUCUGGCACCGAAAUAUGAGAUUUUCUAUAAUGUUGCAUCUCAAAUGGAUCCGGCAAUCCUUCAUCCGACGCUUGCGAAGCUUCAUCUAAAUAUGGACAUGAUAGAGGCUAAGAUGCUAAAUAGCAGCGGUCCCUGCAGCGUGGGCAUGGCUGCCGCAUACAACGGGCUAGUUACAUACACGUUCCUCACCAGGGUGGAAGGGCUUCAUGCGGCAGCGGGUCUUGAACGAAUCUUUACGGAAGUGCGUACGCUGUUUGGGAUUGAUGGAGGGUCACUUGAGGCAUUGCUGAAGCACUCAAUUCAGCAAAGCAAUGCAAUGGCACAGUUUUCGGACAGCCUUGGACGUACAACCACCGCACAGGUUUAUCGACUUCUCGCAGAUAGGCUACGAAGGAUUACCCUAGAUGAUCUCUCUGACCUGCUGGCAAUCCCAGGCGUGGGAGAAAAGCGGGCACGGGCGUUGCGUGAUGCAGGCUACCGCAGCGCAUGGGAUAUCAUAGAGGCAGGUCUAGAUCGGUUAAAGCAAACAGUUGAUUUCGGUCCAGCCACGGAAGCCGCGUGCGUGGUUAUUUAUCGCGGAGCAGAAAAGUUAUGGGACACGACAGCAAAUGGAUAG